GGAUUCUUUUUGUUUUUGUUUUUUUUUUCCUCCUUGUUUAAUUCCAAGUCUCAAAUAAGUUAACAGCUUAUUGACGAAAGGAUUCGGAAUUUUGUUUUCCUUAAAUGUCGUUCAUAAAUGAAAUACUGUCCUACAGAACCUUAGUGUAUGCUAUAGCUGGGGCUACCGGUGGUGUUAUAUCAUUAGCCAUUUGUUAUCCGCUUGAAACUGCAAGAACACAAAUUCAAGUUGAUAAUGAUGGCCAAAAGAAAAAAACGUUUCCUCUCUUAAAGAAAAUUGUUCGUGAAGAAGGAAUUUUUGCAGUCUAUCGGGGUUUCUGUUCGACAAUGCUCACCCUGUGGUCCUCUUACUUAAUAUAUUUCUAUGUAUUCAACACCCUUAAGAACAUAGUCCCCACAGACAAGCAGAACUGGUUUUCUCUGAAAUAUCUUCUAUUUGGCUAUUUGGCAGCUGUAGUCAAUGUGCUGAUAACUACACCUUUCUGGAGUGCUUCAACCCGAUUAAGGAUGCAAGGAGUAAAACUUGAUAGCCCAAAAUUUAAAUAUAACAAACAGAAACAACUGUAUACUGGCAUUUUGGAUGUCAUCCAUGAUGUUAUCAAGAGAGACGGUUUUCUUAAUUUGUGGAAUGGAAGCCUAGCAUCUUUUGUUUUAGCCUCAAACCCUGCCAUCCAGUGUCUUUUUUAUGAAACUCCCAAAAGAUAUCUUCAACAUGCUUCAGGAAAACAGGAACUUAAUGGUGCUGUGUAUUUCUUUCUGGGAGCUUUCUCGAAAAUAAUUUCCAACUGUAUCACUUAUCCUCUUCAAGUUGUUGAAUCCAAACUCAGAUGUGGUCUUGAAAGAAAAGAAAACCAAACAACAUGGAAAGUGUUACUUCAUAUGAUCAGAUUUGGAGGAUUCUCGUCACUGUACAGUGGAUUUGAAGCCAGACUACUUCAGAGCUUUCUUAGUGGUGCCAUUACCUUUCUACUGUAUGAGAAAAUAUCAGUGUUUGUAUUUAAAUUAAUGGGUAUCAAAUACCAGCUUGCUGAACAUCUGCAAUAAUGAAUGUCAAAAUUGUUUUUGCCUCAGAUCAGCUCUGUUUCAAGCAGACCUGUUACCAAAAGUAGUCCAAUUGUGACUAUAUUCGUUUGGGGAAUAUGUUACACUACAUUAUCUAAUAUUCUUUCCUUAUUUAAUAAGGUUAGAUAUGAUGAUUUGAAGGAGAAUUGGUUGUUAUUUCUAGCAGAGCUAGUGACCACCUAAUGGCUUGCUUGUUUGUUCAACUCACAAAUUUCUCUUAACAUUCCUUUCCAUUAUUAUUUUUGGUAAGUUCAAUCUAUUGCAAUACUUCUUAUCCAUAAUUUCAGUUCUAACAAGUUUAAUAUUAUGCUUCCAUAUUUGGUUUUAUUGAUGUCUUCCUAUAGUUCACUUCAGUUUUCUUCUCGCUCUCAUUUAAUCUUCCACUUUUAUUCCCUCAUUUCCACCAGAGAUACUCUUACAUUCCAUUCCUCAUCUAUUCAAUUUGUUUACUCAUUCACCACAGUUAUAUUAAGUCUUGUCCUCCACUCUCAUUAAGACCAAUGUACUGUCCCCGUUCUCUCCUCUCAUUACUUUAGUUCACAUACUUCCUCCUCUCUUAAUCUAACCCUCCAUUCAGUCUCAUCUAACUCUCCACUCAUAAUGAGUGUCUUAUAUAACUCUCCACUCCACUCAUGUUGAGUGUCUUCUAAUUCAUUCUUACUGAAUUUAAUCUAACCCCUGUUAACUGAAUCUCAUUUGACUCUCUACUGCUGCACAAUGUUUUCUGACUUUCUCUUACUACAGAUUCAAUUCUAUUCAGCUUAACCUUUCUCUCUUAUUACCCUGAGUCUGUUGCAUUUGUUGUAAUACCCAACUUCAAUUCUGUUGAGAAAAAUUAUCUAACCUUAUAGUCCAUAAUUCUAUAAA